AUGGAGUCUGUUCGAGAUUAUGCCAGCAUCAUUCAUUCACCAUCAUUCACCUUCCUGGUCGGCCCACGACACGAGAAGCUGACGAUUCAGUCUGGGCUCGCCAAGCAUGUCUCCAAGCCUCUCCAUAAUCUCAUGAACGGUCCAACAAGGGAAUCAAAACACCGAAUUGCCGUGAUAGAGGAUGAGGAUGUCGAAACCUUCGUCGCCUUUUGCGAGUAUGCAUACACCGGCGACUAUAGCGUGCCUCGACCGAAGCUGGAGGACCUGGAAGAACCUAGUGUUGGUGUGGUCGAAAGUACCCCAGCCUCCGCCACUUGGAGAGCAGAAUAUCGAUCCGGUUCAAUGUCGUCGGCCGUGCCACCCCCGGCUCCCUCGCCGCCUCCGCAGCAUCGCCAUCGGAAACAUAGCGCGGCGUACCAUGAGCUUACGCACCAACGCGAGCCGCCCACAUCGCAGUGCGCGGUCGAGCCUUCCCCCGUAGAGGUGAUCAGGGAAGCGGAAGCCCCGACGGAAGCCCCAGCGGAAGCCUCAGAGCCCGAACCCCAGCCGGCUCAAGAGCUUGAAGCUUCAGCCGACGCACCCAAUGCCGAGCCCGAGCCAGCGGUGUACGAAGACACGGAGACUACACCGGUAGCGCCGGCUGCUGAGGAGGAGCCUCCUUCCGAGGAGCAAUGGGCAGACCCAAACGAACGACCUGUCUCAUGGGAGGCCGAAGAGCCCAAGUCAUCUAAAAAGAAGGGAAAGAAAGGAAAGAAGGGCAAGAAAUCAAACCUUCAACCAGAGCUCAUCGAAGAAGAAACUCCUAUGCCGGCUGAGACUGUCAACCUCACGCCGCCAUCAACACCACCCCCAGAGGUUGCUGCUGAACCAGAACCAGAACCAGAACGGGAACUAGACCUCGUUGCUGAAAACGAUCCUCCAGCAGAGCCUACUUCAGAGCCAGAGCCCGAACAGACUCAGUACCAGGAACAGCCUGUCGAUGAACCCGCGCCUGCAGUUGAAGAACCCGCGCUCGCGGAGGACCAGCCCACCUUUGUGCCAGAGGAUCCUAUGGAAGAUUCAUGGACUCAAGAUAGGAACGACACGAUCCAAGGGCAGCGCCAAAGACCCAUGCUCGACAUGUCCUUUGCGCAGCAGCAAGCCUCAUCCCCCUGCGAGCCUGGUCUCAGCCUCUGGGACGAGUUCAUGUCCCUGCAAUACAACGAUGAACACCCAGUUUCCAAGCCCUCGCCUAUCGACAGGGGAUCAACAGACCUCCCCUACAUCACAUUCCACGCGAAAGUCUACGUGUUCGCCACACGAUACCUGAUCCCCGCUCUCGCGCAGCUCUGCCUCCGAAAGCUGCAUCGAGACCUCCUCGUCCUGUCCCUACCGAGCGACGAAACUUCCGAGUCGCAAAUCUUCGACGGCUUGGCUGCAUCCAAGGCCAGGAUGGUGCUCAACCUGGUGCACUAUGCAUACACGAAAACGGCCCGGUUGGAGCCGAUCACACCGACGUCCGCGACGCAGCUUCGGGAGAACGAGCUCCGCCGACUGGUCGUUCACUACGCAGCAUGCAAGGUGAAGGAGCUGGCCCGAUAUCACUCGGCAGACGAUUCAGUUGCAGCGACACCGUCUCUGCGAGCGGUGGAUCUGAAGGUGGAGCGAGGCGAGAGUUCAGCGCCUAAAAACCUCCGUGCCUUGCUAGAUGUGACACCGGAGCUGGCCUCUGAUCUUGUCUAUCGCUUAAUGUGA